ACCAUGUAGUAUGGGUAAGAAAUCGACCGGGAGAGACUGAUGCCCACAUGUUUUUGUCUUGUUUUCCUUGUUUUGCUUGGCUUUUCCUGAAUCCAACUACUUCGCCACUCGACAUCCUAAUCCAAAGGCUUAAAUUCCACUAUAACCUGCUGCCGAAUGAGUGAAUCCAUGGCCGCCACACUCAGGUCCAUGCAAGAAACAACAUCGCCAUUUCCCUCCAUCAAGACAAAAGACUUCUUGUUGCAAUCAUUUUCAGGAAGCCACCGCCCUCUUAAAAUACACUCCCACAGCCUCGCAAGUUCCUGCGUUCUCUCUCCCUCUCUGUGAGGCGGCCAUGGAGAGAGAAGGACAGGAGACGAGCCUGAGCUCACCAUUGAUAGAGUCCUGCUGUGAAGAUGGUGUCGUGAGAUCGUUAGCAUCGAAUGAAGGAGAGAAAGAUAAGGGUGCCGGGUCGAGGAGGGAGGUUCUUGCGGAGAUAAAGAAGCAGCUGUGGCUUGCUGGUCCGCUCAUAUCGGUGAGCUUGUUGCUCUUCAGCUUGCAGAUGAUCUCUCUCAUGUUCGUGGGUCAUCUUGGCGAGCUGCCUCUCUCCGGCGCUUCCAUGGCCACCUCCUUCGCCACCGUCACUGGUUUCAGCUUACUGAUGGGGAUGGCCAGCGCAUUGGAUACGUUCUGCGGUCAAUCAUACGGGGCGAGGCAAUUUCAUAUGCUUGGUAUUCACAUGCAGAGAGCUAUGUUCAUCCUUCUACUGGUGAGCAUACCUCUCGCUUGCAUCUGGGCAAAUACGAGAGUCAUACUAGAAGCGGUCGGCCAACAAGCAGACAUAGCAGAGGAAGCGGGAACGUAUGCCCGUUACAUGAUCCCCUCCCUCUUUGCUUAUGGCCUUCUUCAAUGCCUUGUCAAGUUCUUGCAGACUCAGAACGUCGUCUUCCCUAUGGUGCUUAGCUCGGGAAUCGCUACCCUACUGCAUAUCCUCUUCUGUUGGGUUCUGGUCAUGAAAACCGGCCUUGGAAGCAGAGGAGCGGCCUUGGCAAAUUCGAUAUCCUAUUGGUUGAAUGUGUUGCUGUUGGCGAUUUAUGUGAAGUUCUCUUCUUCGUGCUCCAAGACUUGGACUGGGUUUUCCAAGGAAGCCUUUCACAAUAUCUGGGCGUUCCUUAGACUUUCCAUCCCUUCCGCAGUAAUGGUCUGCUUGGAAAUGUGGUCAUUCGAGAUGAUGGUGCUCCUCUCCGGACUUCUCCCGGACCCGACAUUGGAAACUUCGGUGCUUUCUAUCAGUCUCAACACCGCCGCAACGGUAUGGAUGAUCCCUUUCGGACUCAGUGGGGCUGUGAGCACUCGCGUCUCAAAUGAACUAGGGGCUGGGAAGCCUUGGGCUGCGCGUUUAGCGGUGUACGUGGUCCUCUUCAUGGGCGUAACUGAAGGAAUUCUGGUGGGAAUAGUUUUGAUCUCGAUACGCAAUGUAUGGGGCUAUGCUUACAGCGACGAGACAGCAGUGGUCGAAUAUGUGGCUGUUAUGAUGCCGAUUCUAGCGGCUUCAAACUUCUUGGAUGGGCUCCAGUGCGUCCUUUCAGGAACUGCUAGAGGAUGUGGUUGGCAAAAGAUUGGUGCCUUUGUCAAUCUGGGGUCUUAUUACUUGGUUGGCAUUCCAUGUGCAAUACUGCUAGGUUUUGUUCUCCAUGUUGGUGGGAAGGGUCUCUGGCUAGGAAUUAUCUGCGCGCUAGUCGUGCAAGUGUUCUGUCUUUUCUGCAUCUUUCUCCGUACAAACUGGGACCAAGAGGCAAAGAAGGCUACUGAGAGAGUGCACGACUCCACCAUCCCCACAGAUACAGUGUCAUAGAGCAGAAAAAACCCUGAAAGGAAGAAUCUAUUUCGGUAGUUUUUCUCGGAAAAACUUGGACUAUGCGAACGUUGAGAAAGCCAAGAGAAAUACGUCAUGGUGAAAGCCGUCCUCAUAGUAUCGUGGGAGAAUGCAGUUCAAUGACAAGAAGUUAGAGUAGUAGUCUGAUGCCAUUAUGAAAGAGCUGUCUACUGUCUGUAAUAGUCACUUUCUACCAUCUGAUAAUCAUCAAUUUUGAUUCUGAUUCGGAUGUUGGUGCUUGCUCAUUGAAUUCUUGAAUUGACUAAUUUGAGCAGCCUUAA